UAGAGCGUGCAAAACACACCACACACGCUCUCCUCUGUUGUUGUACAGUCAAGUAACGAGUAGCGCAUCGUUUUCUAAGCGCUACCUGUAAUAAUUUAUAAAUAUUUCAAAUUAAAUUUUGUACAGAAGAUCAUCACUUAAAAUGAAGUUUGGUUUCAGUACAUUAAUAUUAUUACUUACGUUGAAGAUUCUAGUUUAUGGGCAAUUACAAUUUACUUACCAUAAUUACGUCAAAAUGACGUCGUUCUUACAAGGAACCGUAAGGAAAUAUCCAAAAAUUGCUCGACUUUAUACAAUUGGAAAGUCUGUUCAAGGAAGAGAGUUGUGGGUGAUGUGCUUAUCCAAAUACUGCAACGUGGAACGUCCUUUACUCAUUCCUAAUGUAAAAUAUGUAGCCAAUAUGCACGGAAAUGAGGCAGUAGGAAGAGAGAUGAUGUUACACCUAAUUGAAUACUUAGUGAAUAAUUACCCAAACGAUAAAUACGUAUCUGCUUUGCUAGAUAAUUCUAUGAUCCAUAUAAUGCCUUCUAUGAAUCCUGAUGGAUUUGAAUUAUCUAAUGAAGGCGAAUGUUCAUCCGGACAAGGAAGAUAUAAUGCGAGAGGUUAUGAUUUAAAUCGAAAUUUUCCUGAUAUUUUUAAAACCAAUAAUAAAAAAAUGCAACCAGAAACCAUGGUUGUCAAACGAUGGAUCGAAGAAAACAAUUUCGUACUCUCUGGAAAUAUCCACGGUGGUGCCUUAGUUGCAAGUUACCCAUACGAUAAUCUUCCAAAUUCUAUUCAAACUAAAUUCACCUUCUUCAGCCAUCCUUCUCCGACACCCGACGAUGACGUGUUUCGACAUUUGGCACUCAUUUACUCUCUUAACCAUAAAGAUAUGCACUUGGGUAUUGCGUGUAGAGAUGGUACACCUGGAUUUCCUAAUGGCACAACUAACGGUGCUGCGUGGUACCCAUUAACAGGUGGAAUGCAAGAUUUUAAUUACGUUUGGGGUGGAUGUAUGGAGAUAACACUAGAAAUAUCGUGUUGCAAAUAUCCUUACAGACAAAGAUUAAAUAAUUACUGGAAUGCCAAUAAACGUGCUUUAUUAAAAUUUCUCGGUGAAGUUCAUAGAGGAGUUAAAGGGAUAAUUUAUGAUAUCGACAAAAACCCAAUACCUAAAGCAAACUUACAAAUUAAAGGUCGUAGUAUAAGUUUUCAUACAACGAAGAGGGGUGAAUUUUGGAGAAUAUUAUUACCUGGAAGCUACGUUUUAGAAGUAAGUCGUGAAGGUUAUCGACCCACGGAAGUAAGAUUUACUGUAAACGACAAUUCGGUGACAAUUAUCAACGUGACCCUUUACGAAAUUUCCAAAGCAGAGGUAAUGACGGCUCACACGUGGCACUUGAUCUUCGAUCCUUCGACUGUCACAGAUUCCUCCUCUUCUUCUUCUAUUGACGAAUCAGAAACGAGAAGACCUAAAUCCACAAGAGCACCCUUAAAGCCCAUUCGAUAUUCUCCAUCCGGUUCACGAAUUUAUUACCAUAGAUACAGGCGAGCGAGUAGAACACCCGCCGCCCGUGGACGAUAAUAGUAUUAUACAAAGUCUGUUCGAAAUAUUUAAAUAUGGAGUUAUGGAAAGAUAAAUUUGCAUAGUGCCUUCAUUGCGUAACAAGUUGAAUAUAUGUACACAAUAUAUAAUUAAUUAUGUGUAAACGAUACGAAAAACUAAACACUGGAUAGCGGUAUCGCCACAGAAUGAUUCGUGCCGUAUGGCAUAAUUUGAAUAUUUUCUUCGCAUGGCUUCAGUGGAUCGAUAACGUGAGAAAAUUUCAUUUGUUUUUAUCAGAUUUUAUUCAAAGAGUGCAAUAUAUCGAUUAAAAUCUCAAUAUCGCACUACACUGUACGCCCAUGCUUACUAUUACGUAGGACGUGGGUUCGUAUCUGCUUUACACUGCCCAUUAUUAUGGGUAGUACGAGUCGGGAUAUCGUUUCCGACCUCAUUUCGGGUCGGGCCGUCCGAAUUUUGGGCACCACAACGCUUACGAUGUGCUGGUGCCCCACUUUAAUUACUUAAUCAACCGUAUAUUUUAUCUGUUUUAUUAUAUAAUAAAAAUAAAAACAAACAAUUUAGUUGUUACUAAAUAAGCAAUAACUCGAACAAUUAUUUUACUUUAAUAAUUAAAGUUAUCUUUUCAUAUUUAUAAUGAGAAAUAAAUAAAAUUAGUGUGAAAUUGCCCUUUAUUUAUUUAUU